UCAACGUCCUCUCUUCAUCCCGAGGCCGUUGACUCUCAAGUCUCACAAUUCCGUCAGGUCUCUCUCAUUUACUCGUUGAGCAGCUGAAUUUGUCAUUCUUUUGGUAGACAUCAUGGUUUUCCAAACCUACCGCAACCUCUCCCCCCGCGCCCGUCUCGGCGUCGGCAUCGCAUUCACCCUCUGGGGUCUCAUCGGCCUCAAGCUGUCUGACAAGGCCGAAGAAAAGCUCGGCUACACUCCCACUGAAGAGGAUCGCAAGGCGCUGGAGAGGUUCAAGCCUCGGAUCAUUGAAGUCGAAAAGGAGAUUGAGAAAGUCGUUGGGGCCGAGAAGUGAGGCCGAAAGAAAGUAAGAGGAUGGAGAUCAAACGGGCCAGUCGUGUCACGA